AUGUUUUCCAACUUCAGGAAUCUUUUGGAAAUGGCAACAAGAAUUGGACUCUUUCUGGUUAUUAUCUUGAUCAGCUUUGUAAAAAAUGCUCAAUCACAAGCAGCAUUAUACAAUUUGAAGACAUAUGGCUGCAAAGGUCUAUACAAAUUCGGUCCCAAAGUGACUGAAGUCAUAUUUCGUAAUUCAUUAAACGGAACUGUAUAUAGUUCAAGAAGUUCUACUGCCGUUGUAACGAUUCCUGCCAAUUCGUCAGUACCGUUAGCGAUUACUGUUAUAAACUCAACGUACAGUUUCCGGGGAAAUGCACUACAAAAUUCGUCGGAAAUAUGCUGCAGCGACAAUGUGAUUAAUUCAACGAAUUGCUACACAUUCAACUUGACUUGUCCAAAUAAAUGUUUGGUUUCCAACUGGCCAAACUACACAGGAUUUUACAAGACAUCAAAGUGUAACAAUUGUUUAUGUCAGUACUGUUACAUAGGCAGAAAAUCAGGAUGGCAACAGCUUAUACUUCCCUUAAAUAAUCACUCGCACUUGCUUGAAAUACCUCUUGUGCCUGUUGAUAAGAAUACCACUGAAAUUAUUCUGCCCUUUAACAAAAUUCAAAUAACUUACCGACUUCCCCUGUUAUCUAAUACUGUUAAUCUGCUCCCUCUUCCACAAGAUGACCCGCUUCAACGUUAUUUCACAAUUGUUCCAGUAAAAGGGACUUUUGAUAUAAAACGCAAAUUGAAUUUAACUUUGCCGCCAAAUGGAGAAAUUCGACUUUAUUUUCAACCUAAAUCGCUGAAUGAAAAUACCAUCAGUGUAAUGGAGUAUAAAAUCAUGUGGUAUUCUCAAAUCAUUUGCAACCUCCACAGUUUAUACGUGUCAUUCUUGAGUGACCCUAUUCUAGAGCUAAAAUGUCUGCAAGGAAUACGAAAACCAAUCAUCUACAAUGUGUCCAGCUCUGGUUUACAAAUGAUGGGGAAUCGAAUGUAUAUAAAGGAUCUAACAGUGAGGGGAAAGAUUUCUUUUACCCUAUCUGCCGUGUAUGCGGGUAUUCCAGAUAGCGCGUAUAGAAGAACUAUUACUGCUAAUAUGACAGCAUCUGCUUCUCUGUUAACCGUCUAUGGAUGCAAAGCAUACUUCAACUUUAAAGUUUUAAAUUACACAGAAUUGUCUCUUUAUAUACUCAAAAGUAGGACGCAUAGUGUCUUUAGCAACGGGACAAAUUCACAUAUCAUCAAUCUACGACCAAAUGAAACGACUACGUUUGUAUUAGAUUUGAAAGACCAAAAUUUGACGUUCAUAGCUACAGCGACAUCUUCAGAAAUAUGCUGCAAUGAAACAGUGGCUACUAUGAAUACGUCACUCUGUUUUAUAAUUGGUUUGACGUGCCCUGGCUCGUGUGAAGUUUCACAAUGGCCGACGAAUGAAAACUUUCAUAAGCUUUCAAAAUGUGAAAACUGUGUGUGUCGAUAUUGCUACACCGGAUUUAAGGUUGGCAUGGAACAGUUGUUGAUUCCUUUAAACUCAAGCACUCACAUGGUUUCUGUGAAGAUACCGGACUUCAAUAUUACUGUCAAUAAAAUUAUACGACCAAGAAAUGGGUUUUUUACAACCAUCCCAAUUGGCCCAUUUGUUUCUGCUUUUUCUGUGUUGCCAAACGCAAGCUACGAUCGAUAUUUUCAUCUGAAUUACGUAAAGAACUCUUACUCUCUCCAAUUAAAAGAUAACAUAAGUUUUCCUUCAAGUGGAUAUUUAAAGAUUCAUCUUUAUCCUGCACAGAUCAAUUCUGUAAUCAUACGAAACAUCGUCUGGUUUACUCCGGUGCUGUGCAACGUUUCCCAUUUACAAGUCCGAUAUAUGAAUGACCCAUUUGUGGAAAUGGACUGCGAAAAUCCCGAACAAUUACCAAUCGUAUUCAAUCUUAGCAGCCCGAUAUUACAGAUAAAAAACAAUUCAGUGUACCUACAAGAUCUAACAGCAAAGAGAUAUACUUCCUUCUCCCUCACCGCAAUGUAUGCGUCUCAGCCAUAUAGCUUGACUACGAUUAAGAAUAUUCCUGUGCCAACAGUUUUAACAAACUUGUCUCUGUUAACCGUCUAUGGAUGCAAAGCCGUCUUCAACCUCAGUGUUCUGAAUUACAACGAACUUAUUCUUUACAACUCAAAAAUAGGGAUGUUGAAAUAUGCUGAUAAAAUUUCUCGCACAAUCAAUCUUCGACCAAAUGGAACAUACCGUAUUGGAUUAUAUAUUUCUGAUCAAAGUAUGCCAUAUUUAGCUACCGCGACUUCUUCAGGAGUAUGUUGCAACGACACCAAAGUUAAAUUAGAAAAUUGCUUCACGUUCACUUUGACUUGUCCAAAUAACUGCACAGUCUCCAAUUGGCCAAUAUACCGAAAUUUUUACAAGGCAUCAGAUUGUAACAGUUGUAUAUGUCAGUACUGCUAUGUUGGAAAUGUAUCGACUUUUUAUCAGUUCAUGCUGCCGAUGAAAUGGUCUAUUCACUUAAUUCAAUUUUAUGCUGAACGUAUUGAGCAAACGUCAAUUAAAGUCAUACGACCGAGAAGAGAAUUUUUAAAGCUUUUUCAACUACCUAAUUCGACAUUUCUAAAUCUAAGUCCCUUUCCUCGCCAUGGCCUGUUGGAACGUUAUUUCCUUAUACAAUCAAGUGGAUAUCACUUCUUGCAGCCAAAGAGCAAUUUGACUCUACCACCAAAUGGACAUAUUCAGAUUUAUUUUCAGCCAAUCUCGUAUAAAUCCAAAUACGUCAAGAUAAUAUCAUACGACGUAACUUGGUUUUCCCCCAUCAACUGCAAUGUCACCAAGGUUGAUGCCAAAUAUCGGAACGAUCCAUUGUUACAUCUAAAUUGUAAAAAUACCCUUCAAAAGACGAUUAUGUACAACAUCUCCAACUCAAUAUUUCAAGUGAGGGGCAACUCUAUUUACUUAAAAGAUUUGAGAGUCAGUGGAUCUUUUUACUUUUCCAUUACUGCAAUGUAUGAGGGCAUGAGUGAAAGUGCGACAACAAUCAACGUUUCGCUUACAUUGGAAGAUCAAGCUUUUGAAUACCCCUUCUUAUUCUUCUAUGGAUGCGAAUUAGUGUUUCAGUUCCGGUAUCUAAAUUACAGUAAACUAAUUUUUUCUAGCCAACAACUCGGAUUAAAUAUUAGCAUCACACCAAACUCGCCUGAGAAAUUCUACCUUCCACCAAAUGAAACGAUUGAAUUUGUACUUCAAGUCAACGACGACACAGUGUACACGCUGACAGAAGUAUCUCCGGACGUUUGUUGUGAUUUCUCCUCAAAGACUUAUCUUCAAAAUCUCUGUUAUAAAUUGAAUUUGACAUGUCCCGAUGCAUGCGCAGUUUCAGCUUGGCCGAAUUCGAAAUACUUUUACAAGUUCUCUAAAUGUAGCGGCUGUGAAUGCUCUUAUUGUUUCACAGGCAGUCCAAGAUAUGAAGAAAUGUAUAUCCCCAUGAAAUCAUCACCAUAUCGAUUGACUAUUUUUCAGAACAAAAUUACUAAAAAUACAAUUGUCAAAACAAUACGACGCUGGGCGCUCCGUUCAAAUUUUACUUUUCCACUUUUUACCAGAUUUUCGUCGCCUCUUCCAAUUCCUUUGGGCAGCAUUUUCGAAAAACACCUAACAUUGAGUUAUAAUAAUUCAGCCGCCACCAUUUCUUCAAAGCAAGGCAUCAAAAUUCCAGAGAAUGGACAAUUCAAAUUGUAUUUUACUCACAAUACGUUUGUUAACAACACUUCAUUGGAUGAGUACGAAAUUACUUGGUAUGAUCCUCUCAAAUGCCGCCCCAUCUUUCCUCGCCGGGUGUAUCUGAAUGACCCUUUGUUUUAUCUGAAUUGUUUCAAUGCUAUACGAAGGCCGAUUAUUUACAAUAUUUCUGACUCAAACUUUUGGAUGAAAAAGAAUGUUGUGUAUGUAAAAAACUUAACAACCAGUGGAUAUUUUAAUCUCUACAUUACUGCAAUGUUUUCUGGCCUGUAUGAUAGUGCAGCAACAUUCAAUGUUUCAUUUAUAUUGAAAGAAAAUUCAUCUAUAAUUCAAGAUUAUGGGUGUAAAACUCUAAUCAAUAUGACAUUUCUUAAACCCGGCCAAGAAUAUGAUAUAAUCAGUAACCAAAGUAUCCACGGAAGCUUCGUGCCUUAUAUCGAAUUCCCUCCAAAUAAGACAAACAUGUGGUAUAUAUACUGGAAGGAACAAAAUAUGAAACUUGCAUUCAAGACAAAAUCCCCAGAAAUUUGUUGCAACGAAACUACGAGAGUCACUCAAGGAAUCUGCUACACAAUUCAAUUUCCUUGUGAAGGACCAUGUGCCUUGGUGACUUGGCCAGUAUUUCCGGAUGUUUAUAAAACUGUCAAUUGUGGACAAUGUUCGUGCCAAUACUGUUAUAACGCUAGUUGGGCUUGGCAGCACGUGUGGGAAUUUCAACUUAAGUCUUCCAAAUACCUUCUGACGUUUUACACGGGUCCGAUGAAGAAGAUAGUAAGGAAAUUAAAAAUACCGUGGAAUCGUGUCAGGACAAGGUUUAAGCUAGCAGCCUCGCUUGAAAUACUUCCUCUUCCCUGGAAUAGCCAUUUCACCGUUUACAAGAAUUUAGAAUCCGAGGUUAUAAUUCAGCCAAUGGCAAACAAAACUCUCCCAAGAGAUGGACAUCAACAAAUAUAUCUUCAAACACAGGAGACAAAAUCCUUGAUUCAGUAUGAUAUUAUGUGGUAUUCUUCCGUAAGCUGCAUCCCUGAUUUCUAUAAAAGAAAAAAUCCGAAUUUCCCACUGGUAAUGAUGAAUUGUGUAAAUCCUCUUAAAAUUCCGAUUGUAUUCCAUCUUAAAAACAACAAAACAUUUCAAAUGAUAGACAACUAUGUCUACUUAAGGGAGCUUACAGCAAAUGGAACCUUUAACAUCUCUAUUACGGCAAUGUAUAAAGACAUGGUUGAGAGUGUGACAACAAUCAAUUUUCCACUUACAUUGAACGGUUUAUCCUUUUUACAAGUCUUUGGGUGCCAAGCAGUUGUAAGGAAAUCGCCGAACAUCCCAUUUUCCGAUUACCAAUUCUUAAAUGUUUCUAUCCCCGAACUAGGAUACUACAAAUAUUUGUCCUCUUCUCAGGCCAUUCACUUAAUUAAUCUUCCUCGAAACAAGACGAUUGUCUUUUAUUUAAAUCUGGAUAACCAAAAUCUGACGUUCACAUUCAUAGCAAAAACACCGAAAUAUUGUUGCUCUGAGAAUAUUACUUACCACGAGGCAUAUAGUUGUUACACACUACGGCUAAAAUGUGAUGACAGCUGCAGUGGUAUUUACCCGGAAACACAUAACUUUUUUGUGAUUCCUGGCCCGACAAAAUGUUCCAGUGUUUACUGCUACCGAGGUGGAGCUGCCAAGAACUUUGCCAUGAAUGUACCACUGAAAACAACCAAACUGUUUUACAUCGUUAAAAUGCCUGCUACAAGUAGAAGAAAUGAAACUGUUCAAUUCCUUCUUGAAUGGCAAAAAACACCGUUGAUGUUACCAUCAAUUAAAAAUAGUAAAAUUUGGUCAAAGAAAUAUAACCCAUACUUCAACAUAUCUUCCGAUGGCUACCUAUUUCUAUUGCCAAACCAGCCCUCUCCACCGGAAGGAAGCUUUAAUUUCACUGUAUCUUUGGGAAAUUUCACAUUUGUCCAAAUGCCUCUAGUGUGGGGGAAUUUCACAUUUGGACAAAUGUCUCCAGUGUGGGGGAAUUUCACAUUUGGACAAAUGUCUCCAGUGUGGGGGAAUUUCACAUUUGGACAAAUAUCUCUAAAUUUAGUGGAUUACCAUGUCUACGCCUUCAAACACGUCCGUUGCUCUGUUGUGAAACUUGGUGACAAUGGGAAAAUGUUUCCCUUAGCAGUACGCAAGUUCAACUGUAUCAACGCCUUAAAUGUUAAGCUAAACACUACAGUAGACAAUAGCAGGUUUUAUAUGAUGGACACCACAUUAUAUAUGAAAUUACCUCCCUUAAUAAACACGACUGUCAUCGUUAGUGUUAUGUAUAACACAUUAAAUGAAAGUGUCUCGACGUAUCCAGUGAAAUUUACACUAAAACAAUAUUUCAUCUCUAUGAGCUAUUAUGGAAAUAUGUAUGACAAAGUAAGUCUGUUUGUCUUGCAUAACAUGACAAAUGUAGAAAAAUUAUCAUACAGGCCUGGAAAAAUAAUGGAGGCUCUCAUCAAAACAACACACAUUAAAAGCGUAAAAACAACUCUUGAAAACAAGAUAACGGGAUUUAAAAUUUUGGAAUAUUUCACACCAGUUGGCCAGCUUUUUAUAACAAAACUAACUGCGGUUCAAGAUAACAAAAAUCGCUAUACCUUCACAUGCCAUACAAACAGUACUUUAAAAGACCUAACGUAUGAAUGGUAUUGGAAUGAUGAGCAAGUAUUAAGAGGAUUGUCUUCAUCGAUGCAAAAUGGUAAUUCUAUAGGAACCAUCGUGUUUUCUGAAUUAAACGUAAAAGAUUCAGGAAACGUAACCUGUCAUGUAAAAGGGAAAAACUUCAUCCCAUAUACCCUUACGAAAUCUGUCAAAAUGAAAGAUUUCCCUUUGGUGGAACUGAAUGCAUCUUCCCGUAUCAUCCAAACGGACAAGCCAGUCACUGUUGCCUGCAAUUUAUUCCAGGCAUACAAUUCAUCCAAACUUGUUUUUAAAGUCAACAAUCAACAACAGGAAAAGAGGAAAGUGACCUUAUUCAAAGAAUCAACAGUUUCAUGUUAUGGUGUCAGUGCUGUUGGACAAGGAGAAGUUAAAACGUUACAAAUUUUUAUGGCGGUCGGAAAAAAACUUUGCCCAGCCGGUACAUACGGAGGUAUAGACUGGCCAAAGACUGUUGCAGGCAGCACCGCCAAUGCUACAUGCAUCAAGGAAUAUUCCGGAACUGUCAGCAGACUGUGCUCGAAAAAUGGAAUCUGGGGAGUGCCAAACAAUUCCAGUUGUGUGAAGAAGUCCAUCUUGGAUGCAAAAUCUACGCUUGGUAGAAUUUCAAUUGGAAUCGGCGGAAACUUUGAUGAGGCUGUGGAAAACCUUGCCAACGCGACGAAAGGACCCAUAGAAGCAGAAGACAUAAGUGAAACAAUAAAUGCCCUGGAUAUUGCUUCUAUCAUCACAAACAAGUCAAAAGAAGUGAGCAAAAAAGAAGUAAAGAAUUUCGUUAACGUAGUCAACAAUCUGGUAAAAGACGACACAAAAACCGCAUGGACAAAGUUAGAAGAAAAAAAUCAGCUAACAGCGUCUUCUAUUUUGAAGAAAGUGGAAGAUUUUGGUAAUAUUGCUUCGCAGAAGAUCAACGAAACUGUUACGGUCUCUACAAAAAAUCUUGUGAUUGAAAUCGAGAAAGUUGCGGUGACCAAAAAUAUCCAGUUUCCAACUCCAAAUAAAACUCGACCAAAAUGGGUUGAAGAAAGCAAGUCUGAAGUGUUUGUUCCUUCAAGUAUUUUAAAAGACAAAUUUAAUGUUAACGACAGCGUGUCGAUGAAUGCAGUUAUAUUCAGAAACAUGAAGGACCUGUUGCCAAAAUCCAACGAAACGAACAACAUUGUAAAUUCCUAUAUUUUGGCUAUUUCCCUAGGAAAAACUUUGGAAAAUCUCUCUGAAAACAUAUCCCUAACUUUUUCACAUUUAUCUCAGCUAUACCAAGAAUCUUCUUGUAACUUCUGGGAUUUCAGUAAGAAUCCCAAUCUUGGUGGUUCUUGGUCAGGCAGGGGAUGUACAGUGGCGUCUUCGAAUUCAACUUAUACUAUUUGUAGCUGUGAUCAUCUAACCAAUUUCGCAAUACUGAUGAAUCCUGUGUCUCAUAGCAGCAAUAAAGUCCUCGGAAUCAUCACAAAAGUUGGUUGCAGUAUUUCAAUUGUCGCUCUCAUCCUGACAAUUAUUAUUUAUGCAAUUUCUUGGAAGUAUGUCACAUCCCAAGAUGUUACCAAAUCACAAAGCGUACUUCUUAUGAAUCUGUGUGUGUCUCUCAUCAUUGCCUAUUUAAUUUUCUUGACUUUGGUCGAAGGUCCCCGGGAAAAGAAUGCUUGUAUAGCAAUUGCCGCACUUCUCCAGUAUUUCUUUCUUGUGGUUUUCUUUACCAUGUUGGCUGAAGGAAUAGAUAUGGCCAUCGCUUUGACUGUGGUCUUCGCAGCAAAAUUUUCCAGACUACCAUGGUUACUUCUAUCCAGUUGGCUCGGACCAGCCAUAAUUGUGGGCAUCAGUCUAAUAAGCACUCAGACCAAAGGAUUCGGCAACGACGUUUUCUGCUGGUUGACACCAGAGGACAAUGUUAUCUGGGCUUUUAUCGUACCUGCUUUGAUCAUCAUUGUGAUCAAUAUUAUAUGUGUUGCGUUAAUUGUAAAGAGCCUUCUGUCUGCCUACUGCAUGCUUCGUCAAAGCAUCAAACAACGUCUAAGAACUGGUGCUCGUGCCAUUGGAAUUUUAACGCCAUUAUUGGGCUUUACUUGGAUCUUUGGUGUACUUGCAGUCAAUGAAAAUUUGAAGGUUUUCGAAUAUCUAUUUACUGUGGCAAGUUCAUUACAGGGACUUUUUAUCUUCAUCACUUAUUGUGUGUUUAAUAAUCAGAUCCAAAGAGGUUUCUGGAAGAGAAGGAAGCCAACAUCUCAAGCUACACUGAAACCGUCGACUCAGAGCACAAGUGGUACAAAACUAAGUGAGCUCAGCAAUUCAAAGAACAAAAGUUAUUUCAGUGAUGAUUCUUUGAGAGAAUCAUCAGAAAUACAAAGUGAUACAACUACAUACGAUGAAUAUCGUUAUAGCAACACACCUCUGCGUUACUCAGACAACGGUUUAAGGAGACCAAUCACGCCGUAUUACCUAAAUUCUUCACUGAAGACAACAUUAAACAGUGUUACUGUUAAGUUAUGA